AUGGGUAGAAACUAUUCCACCGUGGUUGAAUUUUUUCUUUCAGGAUUAACUGACCAACCAGAGCUCCAGCUACCUCUUUUCUGUCUCUUCCUAGGGAUCUACUUGGUUACCGUGGUGGGAAACCUCAGCAUGAUCUCAAUAAUUGGUUUGAGCCCUCACCUUCACACGCCCAUGUACUAUUUCCUCAGUAGUUUGUCUUUUUUAGAUGUCUGCUAUUCUUCUGUCAUUACCCCCAAAAUGCUAGCAGGGUUUUUAUUCAGAGAUAAAGCUAUCUCUUAUUCUGGAUGCAUGGCUCAGCUGUUUUUUUUCUGUAUUUUUGUCAUUUCAGAAUGCUAUAUGUUGGCAGCAAUGGCCUAUGAUCGCUAUGUUGCUAUUUGUAGCCCACUGCUCUAUAAUGUAAUUAUGACUCCUUGGGUCUGUUCUCUGCUGGUGGCUGCUGUCUUCUCAAUAGGCUUUAUUGAUGCUGUGAUUCAUGCAGGUUGUAUAUUAAGGCUGUCUUUCUGUGACUCAAACAUCAUUAGGCAUUAUUUCUGUGACAUUGUCCCUCUUAUUAAACUCUCCUGUUCCAACACUUAUGUUGAUGAGCUUUUGAUUUUUAUCAUUGGUGGAUUUAACAUGGUGGCCACAAGUCUGACAAUCAUCGUCUCGUACGCUUUCAUCCUUUCCAGCAUCCUCCGCAUCCAUUCCAGAGAGGGCAGAUCCAAGGCCUUUAGCACCUGCAGUUCCCACCUGACAGCUGUUCUCAUAUUUUAUGGGUCCCUCAUGUCCAUGUAUCUUAAACCUGCUUCUAGCAGUUCACUUAUUCAGGAGAAAGUGUCUUCGGUGUUUUAUACCACUGUGAUUCCCAUGUUGAAUCCUCUGAUAUACAGUAUGAGGAACAAGGAAGUAAAAACUGCACUGGUAAAAUGCUUUAAAAGAAAAAUAUCUUCACAAUAA